UUGACCUUGGUUAUCGAAUAUACAAGGCGACCUAUGUAAAUCGACAAUUCCCAAAUGUUGAUCCGAUAGAUUUGCAUACCAUAUUUUACACAGAACUAAACAGAAACAAGCAAUGUAGUUGCACGCUGCGGCACUGGCACGUUCAGCCUAGCGGCAACACGGAAACGAAAGUUCGUGUCCCAAUUCAUUUAUCACCAAGGCAACAAGUCAGAGCGAAACAGUGGGAGAGGAUCCAUGAGGAGAGCAAGGUCGGAGCGUGGUCGGAGCCGAUGGAGCAUCGGGAGAGGGUGUGCGCGCUGUGACGGUAAAGAGCGCGCAAAUGGGUGGAGUCACGGCAGCGGGAUGAGGAAGAUACGAUCGACAUGUUCAAACUUGACCUUGGACUAGUGCCUUCGACGAACCGACCCGAGCGAAGGAAAACGCGGGUACAAAGUCACGCGUUCUGCCCCCGGCACCGCGCGAUCUUCCGUCUAUCGCGUUCCCCUCCAGGCGACCGCAUCUCCGACACAGAUCGGCGCGACUACGGCAUUGUCGCGGCCUCUUCGCUGCGCGCCCGCUUGUGUUCUUUCUUAUGGCAUGGAUCGACUCGGUCCUCGCGUCCUUCCUGCACAACGUCUUCCUUCCUUUGAUCGUGCUCAGCAUCUGCCUCAGGUACGCGCUCCAGCGCGACUAUACCACGCGACGACUCAAGUUCAAAGCAUGGCUCUCCAACUACAUGUCGUACCGGGAAACUGGGGCUAUGCUCGAGGCUAAGGAGAUUCUCUUCAGCAAACUCGAGUCCAUCGUCUCACGCGACUGGUACCUGCGCAACCUGGGGCUCAUCCGGAUCCUCGAGAUCGGCGCGGGCUCCGGUUCGAAUCUCGCUUUCUACCCCCGGAACUGUCACCUCGUUGCCGUGGACAGCAACCCGUUCACAGCCUCUUACCUACGCCGAAAGUUGACGCGCGUUCCAGUGCUCCUCGAGAUGUUUUUGGUGCAGAACGGAGGCUCUCUGAACAAUGUCAAGAGCUGUUACGUGGACGCUGUUGUCACCACGCACGUGCUGUGCGGCGUGAAGGACUUGGACGCAAUCCUCAAGGAGAUCGCCCGCGUGUUGGCGCCGGGUGGCAAAUUCUUCUAUGUGGAACACAUGUGCCAUGAUCCUGGCGACUGGCGUCGCUAUGUGCAGAUGCUCGUUAACCCACUCUGGCGGAGGCUCUUCAACGGCUGCAGCCUGACCCAGGAGUUGCAUGACAGCAUCCAAAAGUCGGCACACUUUGCCUCUGUAUCGCAGUGCAAGGUCUAUUCAGCGCGGAGCAAGUUUGUUGGCAUUUUCCUCAACCCCGUUCUAGUGGGCAUCGCAACCAAGAGAGAUUUUGUACGGAGGAGGCCGAUGAAGUUGAGCAAUGCCUUUCUGACUACACGGGCAAUGUAGAGCGGUCGGUGAUGUUUAAUGCAAUCUAGACUACUGAUGUGACAUUUUCGACUUUUCAUUCUUGUGUGUAGAAUGGUGACGUUCCUGGACCUUGAAACCCAAGAAAAGAUACUGGCAUGCCUCAGACACUCCUAAAUAAAAAUUUGCUAUAUAAUAGCUGUCUGCAAAACAGUUUUGAUUUCAUUUCCCAGAAGGUGUAUGUAUCGUGACACAUAAGCUGGUCACUUGAGAACAGGACAUUGCGAUGCUUUGGCUCUAGCUCCGGUUCACUUUGUCAUCUGUUAUGCUAGUAUUCACUGCGCAGCCCUAUGUUGCAGCAUAGCAGAUGACAGAGCAAGCGCCAAAAGGUUGCUAUGUCCUGGUCCCACUUGAACCAGCUUCUGUGUCACAAUACAUACACCUACUGGGAAAUUAAAUCGACAUUGUUUUGUAGAUAGCUAUUACAGUAAAUUUUGUUUAGGGCAAUAUGAGGCACAACUGUAUUUUUUUUUUCGGUUACAAGGCUUGGACACGUCAUUAACAGGAAGCUUUAGCUCAGGCCCAACACCGACACAGUCUAUUCAAAUACAUGUAAAACGCAAAAACGCUUUUCUGAGAUAACUCCUGGACCAGUUUUAAUGAAAUUUGUUGUAUUUGAGAGAGAAAGUUAAAUUCUAGUGACUGUUGGAAGUGGAAUUUCGAUUUAGGGCCUGAAUUUUAUGAAAAUAAUUUUUUAAAAUUUGAAAGUUUGAAAAAUAUAGACGCAUGAAGUUUAUAAAUUAAUAGCUCUGCAUGAAAAACAGAUAUCGCAGUUCUGUAGACAGCAUCCAUUACAUCAUUCAAAGCGGACAAAUUCGAUAUGUCAAUUUAUAUCUUAUGUGAAUCUGUUACGUUGUGUACAACAUAUCAAUUUUGUCCACUUUAGAUAUGCUAUCAGAUGCGAUUCACAGAAUUGUGCUAUCAUUUUUCCUUGCUGAGUUAGAGUUGUAAACUUGAUAGUUUCGUUUUUCCCAAAUUUU